AGAGAGAGAGAGAGAGAGAGAGAGAGAGAGAGAGAGAGAGAGGCUAAUGACGCUUUAGCGACAGUAGCUGUUAGCUGCAGGUGUGGACGGGGGACACGGUGGGGAAUGGACCGCGAAAAGCAAUCAAAGCCUGUACCUGCUCGUUCUCAGGGAGUGUGACAGUCUGACUGGAGUUUCAUUUCAGAGGUUUUCGCCAUGGCGGGCUCCUGGCCGUGGUGCCGCCGCACCUGUCUGUGCUGUCUGUCCGAGGAGGAGAAGAAGACCAUUGCUGUGGACAAAGAGAUCAAGAGGAUCCUCAAGCAGCAGAAGAAGAAGGAGAGAAAGGAAAUUAAAAUCCUCCUGCUGGGUACUGGGGAGAGCGGAAAAACCACCUUCAUUCGUCAGAUGAGGAUCAUCCACGGACGAGGCUUCUCAGAAGAGGAGAGGAAGUCCUUCUCCAAAUGCAUCUUCCAGAACAUCUUCACAGCCAUGAAGGCCAUGACAGGAGCCAUGACCACACUCAACAUCCCCUACUCCAACCCAGAGAACGAGAUCUACUCCAAGUGGCUGCAGGAUGUGAACACAGUGCAGAUCAACCAGCUGGAGAGGGGCUACGUUGACGCAAUCCGCCGCCUCUGGGCAGACUCGGGCAUCCGGGUCUGUUAUAGCCGUCGCUGCGAGUACCAGCUCCUGGACUCCACAGAAUACUACAUGAAUAACCUGGACCGCAUCUCCGCCCCAGACUACAUCCCCACAGAACAGGAUGUGCUGCGAGUUCGAUUCCCCACCACAGGCAUCCACGACUAUUCCUUCACCAUCAAGACCAUCACACUAAGGAUUGUGGACGUGGGUGGACAGAAGUCGGAACGUCGGAAGUGGAUUCACUGUUUUGAAAACGUCACCUCCCUCAUCUUCCUGGCCUCCCUCAGCGAGUAUGACCAGGUCCUGGAGGAGAGAGAAACCAUUGUAAGUGUGUACUUGUCUUUUCACAGAUGUGUCUACGUAUCCCCCACUCGGUCUACCACUGCAGAAGGUGGACAGAAUAAAAGAAACAACCUCAAGAUAAAGGAUUUUCUAAGUUAAUGUUAGUAGUGCCCCUGACAAAGGCAGCCUGACAGGUGA